UGUUAGAAGCUCCUCCUACGCAUCACCACUAAACUUGCGACCGGUUUUAGUAGCAGCAGAGGCCAUUACAAAGAAAGGUCUUUCUCUAUUAGCUUUUCUUACAAUAAAAAGACUAUUUUUGAUUAGUUUUAAGUGGAAGCCAGUUGGCCAUGCCCGAAACGUCUCGUGAGUGUGUUGUGAUACUACCUGAUGACACGCAGAUCACAAUACCAGUACAGCCUGCUCUGCAAGCUGGAGAUCUCCUCAACAUGGCAGCAUCUCACUGUAAAAUGAAAGAGAAGCAUUACUUUGGUCUCGUGACUGAGGGAGAUGGAUAUAGGAACUGGCUGGAGUUGGAUAAAGCUGUUUUAGAUCCAGCUCAGGAUUUACCAAAAGGAAAUGACCCCAUUAAACUACACUUUACUUUCAAAUAUUAUGUGGAUACUUAUGAAGAUCUUCAGGACCACACUACAGUUGAGAUGCUCUUUCUUCAGACGAGGAAGUUUAUUGAGAAGUCAGAGAUCAUCACUGAUGAGCAGACAGUGUACGAGUUGGCGGGACUGGUCAUGCGAGCUAACUACGGCUCGUUUACAAGUGAGGAAGAGGCCAGGAAGAUACUACAAGGCAUACCUAUAAUCCCUGCCUACAUAUUCCAGAAACAAAGUGUCAAAGGAUGUGAGGAUUGUAUUUUGCGCUAUUACAAAUUGUGUCCUGAUAAUUUGUCGCGUGGUGAGGCCAUCUUUCGCUAUUUGGAGAUUGUCCAAAGUUUGCCUAUGUAUUCCUAUCAUUACUUUGAAGUCAAAGAUAAGAACAAUGUUCCCUUGUGGUUGGGGGUUGGUACUAAUGGCAUCGUUCAGUGCUACCUGGAUAACAGGAAUGAGCCCAUUGCUCAUUAUCAAUGGAUGAACUUACAAAAUAUUUAUUAUAAAGAUAAGAAAUUCUCUGUAGAGGUUUACACUAAUUCAAGGUCUCCUAGAAAAACCUAUCAGUCAAACUCAGUGGCGCUGUUAGCUUGGUAUGGCAAGAAUCCAAAGGUUGUAGUAGCUAUUUGGAAGAUGGUCCGCGAUCAGCACAUGUUCUAUCGUUCUAAAAGGAGUGCCAAAUCAACUGAUUUCCAUACUGGUGACCUUGAUGAAGCCAAACCUAACAUGACGAUGACCGAAAUACUACGUCACCUCAAUCGCAAGCAUCGUCACGGUGGCAGCAUAUCUCCGAGUAGCAGUCACUCUAGUCUCAGUAUCGAGUCUGCCAAGUCCAAUCAAGCCACAGGUGGUGGGUGGGAUGACCAUACGUUGCAUGAUACUCACAUUACACUUUGUUUUCCCAUAGCAUCAGCUGAAGCUGUCGCUGCUGCUAAGAAAGCUCAGCAAGAGAUGUACGGUGCUCUGUCGACUACUAGAGAUGAGCUUGUUGAUAAGUUAGAAAAGAAACUCACGGCAUAUAAGGAUCUUUUACUGAAAGAAAUGCAAAUAACUGGCGUACCACCUGAAGGAUUAACUGCCGAAGAAAUUGAAAAAAUGAGAACAAAGUUUGGAAUAAAUUUUAAAUUUUCUAAAUUCGUACUGGACAGAGGAGAAUCCGUGGGUGAAGGUGAUGCUAUAGAGGAGCUAGAAAAGCAGUUAGAAGUUCAGUCAGCUAUCAUUGAAGCAAGCAGGACGUUAGUCGAUCAAGCUAAAUCCCGUGCUAUGAAGAAGGAUCGCAAGAAAGAAGUAAAACGUGCAGAAGAUAAGUAUCAGAAGCUAGAGGAUAGGCUAGUCGAGCUAAAGAGAUCCCAAAGGAGACCCUAUCCUUAUGAUUCAAGAUAUGACUCUCCUGGUUUUUCUCUUCCACCUCCAAACACUACCGGGUCUUCAACCAGGCGAUCUGUCAGACACACUUCGCCUAGCAACUCAACUUCAACCGUAGACGAUUCGUAUUUGGCAAAGAUGAUAUUUGACGAUUCGCCGCAGCAAUUCUCACCUCUUAUCACUAAUCAAAAAGCGUCUCUACACAAAAGCACUUCGGCACUUCACGACGUGACAGAAAUGCCCCGCCCUUCCUCUCCCCCCUCCACCCACCGCCAGCUAUCGGGAUCUAGAUCAGCAGCUUAUCACGGACACAGCCCUUACCUCCCUCCUGGGGACAGGUCCCAUCACUCAAGCUACAUGUCUGAUCUUAACGACUCGUUUAUCGGGACCGAUCAGCAGCAGAGGUCACCGCGUACUAGCGUCACGUCUUUUGGCUCGGGGAGGUAUGACCCUGAUGCACUGCGUGGCGGUAGUCUCGCCGCUGAUGACAUCAGUCAUCAUUACUCGCGCAAUAAACAGAGCAGCCCCAUACAUGGCCGCCUCUCUCUUGAUAAUCGCAGUCCUGGCGGUCCUUAUUACAACCAGCACCAGUUGCGGUCGUCUCCGGAGUUGAUGAAUUCUCCGUCUCAUCGCUCGUCUUAUCGUUCUUCUGCCGGUCUCUUUAGUCCUGAGCCACCUCAUUUGGCGACUGGAGCUAGGUCCAGGCCACAGUCCUCUCAUUCUACUGGUACGCCUCCCCCUCAGGGGAUUGAGUAUCAUAGUCAGAGAGGAGGUAUUCGUAAUAAUAGAGAGAUGGAUUUACAGGAAGCACUGCUGAUGGAUCAAGAUGAAGGGACACUUGUUUAAUUUUAGAAUUAUAAUGAUAAUAAUAAGUACUACACACUCUGUCUCUCUUUUCUCUACACAUUCAGCUAUUGUACUAUAUUCGAUGUAGACUGUAUGUUUACUUUUGUGUCAAUGAUAGUUGUGAAGGGACUAACAUUAUUAUUGUUAAUUUUA